AUGCGGAAGUGAGGAAUUUGGCAAACCAUAUGGGACACCAUGAUGACAUCCAUCUCAACAUAUACAGGGUACCCGUUCCGGCCUUGGAGAUGCUAAAGGUCGUACAUCUUUUUGAAUCGGCUCAGUGCCGAGAUAAAGCACAGCUCGAGUCGACAAUACAAGAGGACGAGAGUGACGAUGAGGCUGAAGAUAGUGCUCAAGAGGUUUCGGAAGAUGAGGACGAAGCCGUCAGAUCGGUGUUGGAAGAGACAAGAGACAACAGUCAUAAAAAAAGUGACGAAACCAAAAAAACAAAAAAAAAAUCCAAGAAGAAAAAGAAGCUGAGACCACAAAUGACAGCGACAGUGAGAUGUCCGAAGACUCAUCGAAAAGAUCGAAAGCAAAAGAUUCUGUGGUUCGAAACGCUAUUAAGCGCAAUCCUUGGUCCCAAGAAGAGAAGGACAAGGUUUUGGAACUUUUCGGAGCAUACUUACAUAAACAAAAAUCUCUCGCUCCAAAAAAAGCUGUGCUGAACGCAAUAGAAAAUCAUCCCGUUUUA